UAACAGCUCCGUUAGCCACUGUUAUUGUGGGGCCCGCCUGUUAGUCGUGGAAUCCACGCAACAGCCGCCGCUCAAGGUCCAUCCGUGUAUCCGACCAUCCGUCUCCCCUCUCCAAUCCAGCACGCCACCACGGAAGCCUAGCUGCUUCUCUCCAUCGAGCACUACCAGCCACCAUCUAUCUCCUCCACCAGCAGCUCUUCUUCUUCCGUUCUUCUCCAAUCGGCGACGGCAGCUACCAGCUAGCUAGCUUUCUUCUUGCCCACUCCCCCUGUGAAACAAACAACAGCAGCUAGCGCCACUCACUCUCUCUGUUCCUCUCUCUACCGAAGCAAUUAGCAGAAUCCAAGUCAAGUCACCUGCGCCGCCGGUGACAGCAAUAAAGGGACGCUCCAUUUCUGCGGCGCCGGACGAGCGGACAGCGGAGAGCUUCGCUGUCCUCCGGCUUGCCGUCCGCCCUGCUCGUGGCCCACCCCCGCGUGUGGAGCACCGAGCGCGGAACGAAGGAGGCGCGGAGGAAGGAGAAAGGAGCUGACGCCGUCCAACCGUUCUUUUUUCGGAACGAACUCAUACGGUAUAUUCCCUUACUGCCGCUCCACUCCAUCUCCAUCCAUCCCACCAGCCAAACCGCACCCAGUCUUCGUCCUCCUCUCCCCUUCCUGCGCGCCGCCGCCCGCCGCCCCUCUCCUCCUCCUCCGGCCUGUGCGCCGCCUCGGUCCUUCCCCCUCCUCCCUGUGCCGCUCGGGCUUGGCGCCGCCGUCCCCAUCAUCGUCGACAAGCUCCUCCCCGAGUCCUUGUGCGCCACCGCCCCCUUUCGCUGUUCCUCCCGCCGGCCGGCCGCCAACGUCCUCCCUCCGCCAAGGCGUCGCGACCGCGGCCCGCGCUUCCUGCCGCCCGGCGCGGCAGCGCCGAGUGCGGCCGCGCCCGCGCGGCACGGGGCGGCCCUGCUCUGCUGAAGAAGCUAUGCUGGCAGUGUGCAAAUUUCUCGUGGAUCAUUGAUUCAAGAGAUCCUAUUGGGAGCAAAAUAAUAUGCCUUGAGACAUACAAAUCUCCAUAUGCAGCACUCUAAUCAGUGUCUUAUCAGCUGACCUUUUUUCAGUAGUUGCUGUAGGAUCUGCUGGUUCUCGUUUCUCCUAGCGAUAAAGUGAUAGUACUCAUGGGUAAUGAUCUGAUGAACAAACUGCUUGUUCAAGAAGAUUACUAUUGGUUGUUAUGAGACUAUUAUGCUUCUUGGAAGAUGGUUUGAGUUGUGCUUCAGAUUUUUCAUGUCCUGGUAAGCAGAAGCUUGAUGCUCUGUGGACCAAUUUCUGUGGACCUCUCAAUCUCUCAUUAAGUUUAUCAAGAAAACUCUCAUUAAAGAGAGAGUGUUGUGAGAAAAAAUAAUUGCAUUGACACGUACUGAUCUUCUUCUGUAGUGAUCUGAUCAGAGGCUUACCAAUGCACCUGUAAGCAGGUUUAAUGAGCUCUGUUAUUUGUGAUUCUACAUUGGUGAUUGGCUGAUAACUUCUGCUAUCCACAUUAUAAAGUGGGUUUUAGAAUCCAUUACUUUUCAUCUUCCUAGCUUGGGCGCAGUCUGCUGGAUGUUUGAAGUCUUGAUGGGUUAUCAUCUGAUUAGUCUCUUUCAACAAAUAAAUAACUAACAUUGAAUCUGGUCAUAAGUCAUUCUCUUGUUAAUAGCCUGCAACUCAUUUGGUGAAUCUCUUUCAGCAUCUUUGUCUGAUGGCAACCAUACUAGAAUCUUUAGUUGGAUCGUGUGCUAAGAAGUUGCAAGAUGUCAUUUCAGAGGAGGCCAUACUAAUUUUAGGGGUAAAAGAAGAGCUCACAGAACUGCAGAGAAGAAUGGAGCAAAUACGACACUUUGUUAAUGAUGCGGAGCAAAGGAGCACAAAAGAAUCAGCUGUUAAUAAUUGGCUCAAUCAGCUAAGAGAUGCCAUGUAUGACGCCGAUGAUGUUAUUGACUUGGCUAGAUCUAAAGGAAGCAAACUAUUGCCGGAUCAUUCUUUGUCAUUAUCAAGCAAAUCAAGUACAUGCACCGGCCUUUCCCUUUCCUCUUGCUUUUCUAAUAUCCAGACACGUCAUGAGGUUGCUGUUAAGAUUCGAAGCCUGAACAAAAGAAUAGACAAUAUUUCAAAGGAUGAAGUAUUUUCAUCACUGGCAAGUAGACAAUCUAUUGAAAAAGUUUCAGCACCGAAACACAUAAGAAGUUCCAACCUUGUUGAACCCAACCUUGUGGGUAAGGAGGUCAGACAUGCUUGCAGAAAACUAGUAGAUUUGCUACUUGAACAUAAGGAUAAGAGGUCUUACAAGAUUGCCAUUGUUGGAACAGGAGGAGUUGGUAAGACAACACUAGCACAGAAAAUUUACAAUGACCAAAAAAUAAACGGGUGCUUUGACAAACAAGCAUGGGUUUGUGUCUCCAAAGAUUACUCCGAGGUUACUAUUCUGAAGGAGAUUCUUCGAAAAUUUGAAGUACAGUACAUGCAAGAUGAAUCGAUUGAUGAGCUCCAAAGCAGGCUAAAAUUAGCCAUCCAAGAGAAGAGCUUCUUUCUUGUGUUGGAUGAUGCGUGGCAGUCUGACAUUUGGGAAAAUUUACUGAGCACCCCAUUGCAUGCUGCAGCCACAGGGAUAAUUCUGUUGACAUCUCGACUCGACACUGUUGCUGUAGAAAUUGGGGUGGACCAUACACACCGAGUUGACUUAAUGUCGGUGGACGUAGGAUGGGAGUUGCUUUGGAAGAGCAUGGGAAUCAACCAAGAAAAAGAAGUGCAAAAUCUGCGAGACUUAGGAAUAGAUAUUGUUCGCAGAUGUGGCUGUCUUCCUCUUGCAAUUAAGGUUGUUGCAAGGGUUUUAUCCAGGAAAGAACAAACUGAGAAUGAAUGGAACAAGUUUUCAAGAAAAGAUGCUUGGUCCGUGAGCAAACUUGAAAUACCAAGUGCUUUAUAUAUAAGUUAUGAAGAGCUACCACUCUGUUUGAAGCCGUGUUUUCUCUAUUGUGCCAUGUUUCCUGAACAUGCAGUUAUUUACCGUGAUGAUAUAACCAGGAUGUGGGUGGCUGAAGGCUUCAUUGAUGAGCUAGGUGGCCAACUAUUGGAAGAUACAGCUGAAGAAUACUAUUAUGAGUUGAUAUAUCGGAAUCUCCUCCAACCAAAUUAUGUAUUUCCUGAUCUUAGUCGAUGCAGAGUGCAUGACCUAUUAAGGCAGCUUGCUUGUCAUUUAUCUAGAGAAGAAUGUUUUGUUGGUGAUCCAGGAUCAAUAAGAGUUAGUGUCUUGAGUAAAUUUAGACGUAUUUCAGCAGUCACUGAGAAGGAUAUAGUGGUGCUACCUAGCAUGGAUAAGGAUCAAUAUAAAGUUAGAGCUUGGAGAACAUCUUAUGAAAAGUCACUGAGAGUUGAUAAUACAAUAUUUAGAAGACUUCCAUAUAUUCGAGUUUUGGAUCUAACUGGGUCAGUUAUACAAAGUAUUCCAAAUUGUGUUGGAAGAUUGAUCCAUCUACGGUUACUUGAUCUUGAUGGAACUGACAUAUCCUGUCUUCCUGAGUCCAUUUGUUGUCUCAUAAACCUUCAGAUAUUGAACUUGCAGCGGUGCCAUGCUUUGCAUACUCUCCCUUUAGGAAUCACUCGGUUGUGCAACUUGAGACGCCUUGGUCUUGCUGGAACACCAAUAAACCAGGUUCCAAAAGGGAUUGCUAAAUUGAAGCUCCUGAAUGAUAUUGGAGGAUUUCCGGUUGGUGGUGGCAGUGAUAAUAGUGCCAGAACGCAAGAUGGAUGGAGCCUAGAAGAGCUGGGUCCUCUUUUUGAGCUGAGGAAGCUUGAUAUGGAUAAAUUGGAGAGAGCAUCUCCUUGUAGCACAGAAUCAUUGUUACUGGACAAAAAGUUUCUCAAACUACUCUGUUUACAUUGUACUGAACGUACAGAUGAACCAUAUAGUGAAAGGGAUAUAAUCAAUAUAGAGAGGGCGUUUGAGAAGCUAAUCCCUCCACAGAGCAUUGAAGAUAUAGUUAUUGUAGAUUUCUUUGGUCGGAGGUUUCCCACCUGGCUUAAUACUGCUACACAUUUUCCAUCAUUGAUGUAUUUGAAUCUUCUUGAUUGCAAAUCAUGUGUGCAUCUUCCUCCAAUUGGGCAGCUCCCCAACCUGAAAUAUCUGAGAAUCAACGGAGCCACUGCAGUCAUCAAGAUUGGACCCGAAUUUGCUGGCUACGGGGUGGGUAAUCCCGGAUCUGCACAGGCAGUUGCUUUCCCCAAGCUUGAAACGCUGUACAUCAAGGAUAUGCCCAACUGGGAGGAGUGGACCUUUGUUGUUGAAGAUGAAGAAGAAGCGACAGCAGCAGCAGCAGGUAAGGAAGGGGGAGAGGACGGAGCUGCUGCAGAGCAAAAGUGGGAAGCCCCUCCUCCAAGGCUGCAGCUGCUGCCACGUUUGAAGGAGUUGUUUCUUACACGCUGCCCCAAUCUGAGAGCUCUCCCACGGCAGCUUGGACUGGAGGCCACCAGCUUGAAGGUGUUCCACUUAAGAGAUGUGGAUAGCAUUAAGGUGGUGGAGAACCUCCCGUUCCUCUCUGAGAUACUUUUAAUUGCCGGAUGUGAAGGCCUAGGGAGGGUCUCCAAUAUUCCCAAAAUGAGGGAGCUGCGGGUAAGUCGCUGCCCAAAUUUAAGGCGUGUUGAGGAGCUUUGCAAUUUGGAGCGGCUGUGGCUGGGCGAGGGUAUGGAGUCCCUCUCCUCAUAUUGGGUGCCUGGGCUCAAAGAGCAGUGCCAAAAACUUCAUGGGGAAACACUGGACAUUUACACAUGGCCUCGAACAUGAGACACACCCGGUUUGAUGGGCGUCAGAGCGACAAGUACUUCGUCUUCUAGAGGAAGCAAUGGAGGAGGGCUGAAGAUGAUGAGCUGAUGCGGGAACACAAGGAGAAGGAAAAACCUGAUAUGGAUCUGCUGCCUGCCGGAAGGCUUUUGUUCUACAUUUGUAUGUUUAACUAUCCUUGUGUGUUGUAUGAAUAAAAGGCAGCAGUAUGCCGCUUGAGUUAUGAGGAGGUUUAUAUAUAUCAUGAGUUUCUGUACCA